CGGAACCCUAGUCAACAAGGUCGGCGUUUCGAAGGGAACUAGUCUAGCGCAGGACAAGAGGCUUUUGCAACGCAGCUGGUUCCGGUUGGGGAAGAUGGCGGUGGCUGGGGCGUCGUCCCGGGAGCCGCUAAUACACUGGUGCACUCAGCAGUUGCGAAAAACUUUCGCCCUGGAUGUCAGCGAGGAGAUCAUACAAUAUGUUUUGUCAAUUGAGAGUGCUGAAGAAAUACGAGAAUAUGUGACAGACCUUCUCCAGGGAAAUGAGGGCAAAAAGGGUCAAUUCAUAGAAGAUCUUAUAACCAAAUGGCAAAAGAAUGAUCAAGAGUUCAUUUCUGAUUCUUUCCAACAGUGCUCAAAAAAAGAUGAAAUUUUAGAUGGACAGAGAUCAGUGGACCAGCUAAAGCGGAGUAGGAGGAAAGGAAGAAACAAACAGGAAGUUCCUGCAUUUCCUGAACCUGACUUGACUGUGGAGGUCAAAACACCUUUAGAUUUGGCCAAGGCACAGGAAAGCAACAACUCUGUAAAGAAGAAGACAAGAUUCGUCAAUUUAUAUACAAGAGAGGGACAGGACAAGCUUGCAGUCCUGCUUCCUGGGCGUCACCCGUGUGAUUGCCUGGGCCAGAAGCACAAACUCAUCAAUAACUGUCUGGUCUGUGGGCGGAUCGUCUGUGAGCAGGAGGGUUCAGGCCCCUGUUUGUUCUGUGGCUCUUUGGUAUGUACUAAUGAAGAACAGGAUAUUUUACAGCGGGACUCCAAUAAAAGCCAGAAACUGCUGAAGAAACUCAUGUCAGGGGCAGAGAAUUCUGGAAAGGUGGAUGUCUCUACCAAGGACCUACUUCCUCAUCAAGAAUCUCGAAUGAAGUCUGGGUUGGAGAAGGCUAUCAAGCACAAAGAAAAACUGUUAGAGUUCGACAGAACUAGUACCCGAAGGACCCAGGUCAUUGACGAUGAAUCAGAUUACUUUGCCAGUGAUUCUAACCAGUGGCUCUCCAAAGUUGAGCGAGAAAUGCUGCAGAAACGAGAGGAGGAGCUCAGAGAACUCCGACAUGCCUCCCGACUUUCUAAGAAAGUGACCAUCGACUUUGCAGGGCGGAAGAUCCUAGAAGAUGGAAAUCCACUAGCAGAGUAUCACAGCAGACUAGAUGAGACAAUACAAGCUAUUGCCAAUGGAACUUUGAACCAGUCAGUGAUCACAUUGGAUAGAUCUUCUGAAGAGCCUUUGGGAGUUCUGGUAAACCCUAACAUGUACCAGGCCCCUCCUCAGUGGGUCGACAACACUGGCUCAGCCCCACAGAAGAAGGCUUCACUCUCAGCAGGACCAAGACUAGAGCUCAGUUUACAUCAGCACCAGCUACGAAUCCAGGACCAAGAAUUCCAGGAAGGCUUCGAUGGUGGCUGGUGUCUGUCUAUGCAUCAGCCCUGGGCUUCUCUGCUUGUCAGAGGGAUUAAAAGGGUGGAGGGCAGAUCCUGGUAUACUCCUCACAGAGGAAGACUUUGGAUAGCAGCCACAGGCAAAAGACCUUCCCCUCAAGAAGUCUCAGAACUCCAGGCUACCUAUCGUCUUCUUCGUGGGAAAGAUGUGGAAUUUCCAAAUGACUAUCCAUCAGGUUGUCUUCUGGGCUGUGUGGACCUUAUUGAUUGCUUGUCCCAGAAACAAUUUCAGGAGCAGUUUCCGGACAUCAGUCAAGAGUCUGACUCUUCAUUUGUUUUCAUCUGCAAAAAUCCCCAGGAAAUGGUUGUGAAGUUCCCUAUUAAAGGAAAUCCUAAAAUCUGGAAACUGGAUUCCAAGAUCCAUCAAGGAGCAAAGAAGGGGUUAAUGAAGCAGAAUAAACCUGUCUGACCAGGAAGAAAGGAACUGACCAACAUAGCAGAGCCUUGUGUGCUCAACUGCUCUCCACUGGUCCUUUGGGAUUGAAGCAGUAUGAAGCAAAAGGCUUGGUACCAGGCUUCAGUCUCUGAGAAUUUAAACUCUUUGCAAAUCUGUAUAUUUUUCUUAAAGGGUGGGAUUCCUUAUGAAUUGGGUCACAAAUCUUUGAAUAUGUUAUUUAUAAAAAAUCAUUUAAAAAAUUCUAAGUCUUGGACAUUUUUCUCAGAACUAAAUUCAAAACAGGAAGGAACAAAUUGGAAAUUAUUUUCCUCAGUGAGAUUUGUAUUUUUAAUUAGGAAAAUCUUAACAUAGAUUAACAUUUUUACAAGAGACUCUGAAUUUAACUUCUUUUCUCAAAAUAUUAGAAUGGAGAAUAUUAGGAUGUUUGAGGAAUCUUUGUUUAAUGUAAGCCUGUGAUGAAAUGUGAAUGUUCUUACCAAAUGUUCUGCUUUUAACAUCUUGAGAACAGGUCUCAUUCUAUGACCCAGGCUUGCCUGGAACUCACAGCAGUCCCCUUCCGAAGCCUCUUAAGUGCUGUGGUUACAGACCAAUAGGGCCAUGCUCAGUUUCUAACCCGCAGGCUCUCAGUGUGGAAAGCUAGAAUUCCCAUUAUUAGCAGAUUUUUUUUUUCUUUCUGGAAAAGAUAACACGAAGACCUACUUUCUUUUGUUCUUAAGUUUGAGAACAUGGGUUAGUCUGGAAAGUGUGGGAGCCACCUGCUAAUGCACCCUGAAGCUGCCCUGUUUGUUUUGUUAGUGUUGCAAAAGAAUCGUGUAGAUGGGACAAUUAGAAAAUACAAUCCUUUGGUAAAUACAUCAAAAAGCCCUCUAAUGCUGAAAGCAAGCCCCUUUAAAACUAUAAAUAUCCUAAAAAGCCAUGACUGGAAAAAUAAGGGUUGGUUUGAAGUGAGAUUUUUCACUGGUCCCUUUAACCCUUCUCAAGAAGCACUUGUUUCUGAGGCUCUUCUAAAGUGCUGUUGGAAUCUCAGUUGCUGGAUCCUAGGAAAUUCAUGGUCUUCAAUGUGUAUGUUUUACUUUUUAUAAAACACCACUACCAUGCUGAGGAUGUUGGACUCCCUCCAACAGUUUGUGUUCUUGACUUAAAAAAGAAAGCGCAAGUGAGAAAGAAAAAAAGUACCUUGUGUUAUGAAAAAGAUUAAUUUCCCUUUCUUUAAUCCUUCAUAUUCAGCAUUUAUUUGCAUUGAAAUGCCUCCACUCAUUCCACAUUGGCGCUCACUCGACUGUGAACUGCUUGCUGCAUAGCACUGGUUCUGCGGAGGCUGAUCACUCUGGAUUCCCAGGGAACCCCGGACAGAUUCUUGUUCCAGUGAUGCACAUAUGCAGGAUUUUCUCUCUUGUUCUGUUGGACCUCUGUGUAUAAAGUGGAAGAGUUAGUGGCAUUUACUAUUGAGAGAGAUGUCUUUUUGGCCUCUUGGAAACCCUACCAUUGUUGAAGGCAAAACUGUGUUUACUCUGUAGUUAAUAGUUUACCAAGCAACAAUAGCACCUUGAAUUCUA